CCAAAAAGCGGGUCCGUUGCCUCAUCCAUCGCUUGCUUCACCUUGGAAGCUCCUCCCGCACGCAAUUGACACACCACACCACCUCGAAUCGAGUCGCCGACGACGCAACCGACCACAAUGUUUGCGCAGCGCCAGAUCGCUCGCGCUACCCAGCGCUUCACUGCGCAGGCCCGCGCCCAGGCGCAACGCCGCUUCGCCAGCACCGAGACCGAGAACGCCUUCGUCCGCGAACGCCGCCACGUCAAGGAGCACGCCGGUCCCACCACUGAGCUCUGGCGCAAGAUCUCCCUCUACGGCAUCCCCCCCGCCCUCAUCCUCGCCGGCGCGAACGCCUACAUGCUCUGGAAUGAGCAUUGGGAGCAUUGGUCGCACAUGCCCCCUCUCGAGGAGCGCGUCGAGUACCCUUACCAGAACAUCCGCACCAAGAACUUCCAAUGGGGCGAUGGUGACAAGACCCUCUUCUGGAACGAUUCGGUCAACUACCACAACAAGGACAAGACCACCUAAACGGCAAGACGUGGGGUAACCUGGUCGUCGUUGGGAGAGGAUUUGAAGACAGUGGGGGUGUGAAGGUAGACGAGGUCGGGGAACGACAAACACGCAGACAGCCAACUGUACAUGUUUCCUAGCGUUGAAGAAUCAAGUCCUGGUGAUCCGGGCCUCAAUGACAAACCUGCCCCGCUGCCUGUACUAUGCUCCGUUUGCAUUUGACCUAUUGACUCGGCUUGGAAACGACAUUCUUGCAGACCCAUAACUAGAUCUAGAAUCCGAAGGGGUCUGGCCCAACGGGCUGCGG